UUUCUCCAAAUCUAUAAAUACCAUAAACAGCUUUUACUUCUUUUCCCUUUAAAUUACUAUUAGUUGCCUUACACAAAAUAAUAGCUCUAUUGUUGAUUUUCCAGGUAAAAAACAUACUGAAAGGAUAUAACCAAUCCAUAAAAUUUUAAUCUUCCAUCCACUCAAACAAUUUUCUACUUUGCGAUAUAAAAUUUAAAAACUUGCAAAGGACAUUAUCAUUAAAAUAAAAAAAGAAAAGUAACAGAAAUUAAUAAAAUCAUAAAUAAGAAUUUCAAUUGUAUAUACCCGGCGAUCUAUAGAGGUAGCGGUUGCGGCAGACAUUAGCUGAAGUAGAUACAGCGGUUGUCAUGUCGUUAACAACUGGCCGUAUCUGCUUGUUCGUUUAGUAUUAGUUUUGACACCGUGCUGAGUAUGUUUGCGCUUUUAAAUUGUUGUGCUGUAAAAACUGCUAUUUCCACAAAUUAUGACAUGUUUGUUAGUACGUGAAAAUUUCCCGAAUAAAUAAAGGGAAGAAAGCAUGUUUUGCUAUAUUUUUCUCCUUCUUAAUAACACAUGAAUUACAGAUAAUUGAGCCUCUAAAUGAAAAAAACUUAAUCGGUGCGUUUAAAAAUGAUGUUGCAUCCUUCCAGCGUUUACGGAGAUUGUCGGCGAAAUGAUUAUAGUGAUUGUUAUCAACAGAACGAAUCCAAUCAUCAUUUUUAUGAAAGUAUCAAGAAUGGAUUGGAAGGGUUUAGGUUACAAGCAGACCACGAUAACUUACGACUGCCUGGGACAGAAGUGGACAUACUUAACGAUGAUAAUGACACUGCUAGUUCAAUAGCAUCCAAAAAACGCAUUGAUAGUAUGUUCGACAAAGCCACGGCUACUAAAUCCAUUGUUGAUAACGAAUUUGUUUAUGGAUUUGGUGGUGAUGAUGCAGCUAGUAAAAAUACGGUUCAAGAAAAAAUUGAAAAAAUGUUCGCUGAAGUGAGUUCAUCCGAGCUCGAUACAGAUGUUUCAAUGGAAUCAACUACUGCUGAGGGUGCUAAUAAGUAUCACGUACAAUACAUUGGAUGUGCUGGCUUGUCCGCUAAGAUAUCAUCGCUGGAAGGUCUUCAAGAACCGGUUCGAAACAUGUAUUUUGCUUAUAGAAAAAAUCAAGAAUAUAAUAGUCCAAAUAAUUUUUCGGGCGUUCUAGAAAUAUCGUCAGUUGGAUUAACCAUAAAGUACAAAGAUAUUGGUGGCGAUGGAGUUCAUCGAACUAGUCCAUUUCCAUCCAUCGCUGUUUGGGCUGCUCUAAAAUUUGUUUGUCGUCGUCAUCAAAUAAACAAUGCCACUAAAAGUUAUGAAUUUGCUUUUCUACCAUUGAUCGCUGACCCAGAUGGGUCUGAUAAAGCACCACUGUUUUGUGACGCUAAUGAAAAUGAAAUUAUUCAGCUGAACGCCCAUGGUGACCACGCACCUAUAUUUGCUGUAGUUAUGCGCAAAACCGGCAAGCAGCUUGAAUGCCAUGGUUUUGUAUGUGAAUCUGAAAAUGAUGCACUACUGAUGGCAGCUAACUUAUAUGGUGCUUUAGUGAAAGCAAUGUCUAUUGCUACCGAGUCAGCUGCGCCUGCACCUAGGCGUAUAAAACAACGAAAUGGUUUUACUAGUAUGAGCAGCACUGCUGGGUCCAGCGUUAAUGGUGCUUGUACUACAUCAAAUCAAGUUUUGCCAGCUCCGCCACCUAGGCCUCCACGAAGGACUAAAAAAUCGACAACUUCAUCGUCUGACGGUAUGUCGUCUUCCCUCGCUGAGGUUUGUAGUGAAACAAAAACUUUUCGUAUGAGUAUUCGACAGCCACCUUCACUAAGACGGGGUGUGUGCAACAGCUCAAUUAACACAGCGUUACCUCAGACAUCACCAAUCAUUCGGCGUGCUACACCAGAUCAAAUCAAUAAUGGUAGUGGUGGAGAUAUUUUAACAAAAGUUGCUAUACCUAGAAGUAAAAGUUUCCUUAAAACCAAUGCACCUGGAUCUAAGUAUUCUAGACGUACUGCUGGUUGCGGUGGCAUCGAAACAGAUCGACGUCGAAGAAGUAAUGGCAGUAUUAUGGGGUUCUCAGAUAUGUUUAACGAGUUACGUAUUCAAGAAGGGCUGAAUAACAUGGACGAUAUACUGAACGUUAUCAUAAAUGUGGAGGGUAUGUCGUUUAACGAUUUAAAACCUAUUUACCGAGAAUUCCUUAUGAAACUAGCGUUGACCCUUACAAAAGAUGAACUAUACCAGCGUACUAAAUCUAUAAUGUUAGAACAAAAACGGAAACGUUCAAAAACUGGUCAGGAAAUUAACGAAUGUCUGCGAAAGGUUUUAAAUUGCGCUAAGGCAAAAUCAAAAAUUGGUACCGUGUUGUUGCCACAUUUUUGUAAACGGAAACGAUUUAUAAAAGGUCAUCAGAAACGUAAAUGUUCAUGUUCGAAUGUAAAAGCAGCUACAUCAAAAAAUACUCUUCCCAAACCGGCUGGAAUUGUUUCAACGGGAAUAAAUCGAAAACAAUCAGAACAUCGAAAAAAUAAAAGAAUAUUAAAACGAACAUCAGCCGCCAAGUGUCAACGUUUGUCAUCGACCAACAGUACCUCAGACGAUAGUGAUUUUAUAGCAAUACAAGUUCAACGCCCAAAAACUCGAAAAGGAGGUCAGUUGUCAUCUGACGGGUGCUUACAUCAGGCUUCCAGCGGUUAUUUUAGCUGUUCCGAGUGUAGUCAAGCUACUACUAUCUGUGGUUGUCCGUCACUUACUAAGUGUUAUUGUAGUGGACUACCUCCGUCAUUGGUUUCGUGUAGUUGUGAUUCGGACAGUUGUGCAGAUAGUGAUAAAUGUUACUGUGGUCGACGACCCAACAUUUUUGAGGAGCUCAAAAGUCGAGGGUUUGCUGCGUCCGAGUCCAGUUUAUCGGUUAGAGCCGAUUCACCGGGUACUGCGUGGAAAAAAAACGAACAACUACUUGUGCAACAAGGUCCAGCAAAGUGUGGAAUCGAGGCAUCCAAAAGCCUGGAGUAUUUACAAAUGAAGACGAACGAUCCAUUACAUCAAUAUAGCAAAGUUAACAAAGGAGCAGGAAGAAUGAAAGUCUAUGACAUUCAACCUGCACUUGAUUCUCGUUCUAGUAGUUCAUCUGCAGCCGCAUAUUCAAGUGAUCAGUCAGGUUCGAGUUGCCAUGGUCGUCGCACUGCCGAAUCAAGUGGAUCGGAUAAUUUUCAUGCAUUAGAUUAUGCGCUAUUUGCAUGUAGUAGAAAACCACAACCAUUGUUAGGAGGUAAAUCUGCAUGGAUUCGAAGUAGUUAUACAAAAAAUAAUCGCGUUCCAAACGCUUAUCCAAUAAGAGCUCCGAUAAUUACUGUUCCGGUGCCUAAGCGUUUUUCCGAAUACUACCCUGGUGCAAUUUCACCACAGUUUUGUCAUGCUAAACCUAUGAACAAGUCUUACAGUUCAGAUAUGAUGCAUAACAGCUGCCAGAUGUAUUUAAAUAAAAGGCGUCAUUCAAUACAUGAUAGUGAUUUAUCUACAAUAUUUCGGACAGACUUAACAAGUUCAUUAGGUUAUUAUCCUUAAUUCGGUUGACUUAUUCAUAGAUGAAUCUAAAUACUAUUUUUGAUUGAUAACAUCGUAAUACGAUUAGCAUUUUUAAUUAAAUUUUUAAAUUAUUAUUAUGAAAAUAGUAUUUUCUCAAUAAUUUAUUUCUGCAAGGUGUCAUUCUAUCAUGUAAAUACUGAAUUCUAAUAAAAACUCAGUUUUUAAAAAGAGUAAAAAGUAUUUAAUGCUUUUUUAAGAAUAUUGUUUGUCUUUUCCUAAUGGUUUAAAAUUAAGCUAACAUUAAAUACAGAAAGGUCAAGUGAUUGAAUGUAUUGAUCUAUGCAAUAUUAAAGUAGAAUCUUGUGUAAUAUUUAUUGUAUCUACCUUUUGUGUAACUUUUACAAAAGGAAAUUCAUUUCAAAAUUAACUUUGUCUUAGAUAUGUUUUAUGUAAACCCAUAAUACACUAAGUU